CACAAACCUACCUCGCCGUCACAGUACUUGAUUAUGUUCCUUUCGCGUGCGAAAAUUGUCUGCAAAUUCCACCCACCAUGAAAUCUUUCGCGUGUAGAGAGGUCCCGCGACUACUGUCCAGGUCAAACAUUGCCCAACGCGGGUCAAUUGCAACUUCGAGGAAUGCAAACACACCGGGAUAUAGGUGGAAGCAAGAACAGAGACGAGGGCUCUGUGAGACGAGGAGGUUACUAGUCGUGAAGCCCUACCUACUGGCAGAUAUUGGAGAGGGUAUCACCGAAUGCCAGGUCAUUCAAUGGUUCGUGAAGCCCGGAGCGCGCGUCGAGCAAUUCGACCCUAUUUGCGAGGUACAAUCAGACAAGGCAUCAGUUGAGAUCACUUCACGGUUCGAUGGCGUUAUCAAGAAGUUGUACUACGAGCCGGACGAUAUGGCCAAGGUUGGGAAACCUCUAGUCGACAUCGACAUCCAGAGCGAAAUCUCCUCGGCUGACGAGGCCUUGCUUAGCGGAGGUUCAGGCAAACAAACAGAGCAAGAUACAUCGAACCAGUCACAACCACAAGAGCAGGUGUUGGAGGUCGGAAGGAAUGACACGAAAGCCGCCAUUGGAGGUGCACCGACAUCAGACCAAUCCGUAGCUUUGCCUCGCGAACCAGCUCAAGAGGAUUCGGAACCAAAACGGCAGCCAGGAAAACACGCUUUGCUAGCCACGCCUGCUGUGCGACACAUGAUUAAGGAACACAAACUCAAAAUAGAAGAAAUAGAAGGCACAGGAAAAGAAGGCCGAGUGUUGAAAGACGAUGUGCAACGACACAUUGAAACAGCAAAGCAGUCCACCAACAUCCUCCCAACAGCCACCGCACCGGCAUUCAGCCCUAGCCAGCAACAAGUCGAGGACCAAGUCAAGUCCUUGACUCCAAUUCAAUCCGGCAUGUUCAAGCAAAUGACGAAAUCCCUCUCAAUACCGCACUUCCUCUACACAGACGUCGUAGACUUCAGCGCCCUGGCCUCCCUUCGCAAAAAGUACAACGCCGGCCGUGAGAAGCCAGACCGCAUUACACCACUCCCCAUCAUCGUCAAGGCCGUCUCGCUAACCCUGCAACGAUUCCCGCUACUAAACGCACACCUGGAUACCACCACCAACCCCGACAAGCCCCAGAUCAUACUAAAGGGGAGCCACAAUAUCGGCAUAGCAGUCGACUCUCCCUCUGGCCUCCUCGUCCCCGUAAUAAAGUCCGUACAGAACCACAGCAUCGCCUCUCUCGCGGAGGAAAUUCAACGUCUCAGUGGCCUCGCCCGGGCUGGCAAACUAACUUCCGCCGAUCUCACCGGCGCCACAUUCACAGUCAGUAACAUCGGAAGUAUAGGCGGUCUAGCCGUAGCACCUGUUAUCGUAGGACCGCAAGUGGGCAUAUUAGGCAUUGGUAGGGCGAGAGUUGUACCGGCGUUUGGGGAGAAUGGGGAGUUGGUGAGGAGGGAGGAGUGUGUGUUUAGUUGGAGCGCAGAUCAUCGGGUCGUGGAUGGGGCGUAUGCGGCAAGGGCGGCGGACGAGGUUAGGAAAAGUAUUGAGGGUGUGGAAACGAUGUUGGUGCGGAUGAGGUGAAGCUGUAGAAGGGUAGAAGAUCCAUUAUAGAUGAGCAUCU